AUGAAUCGUGGAUCAUUCAGAGCGCAACCUCCUUCUAACCAAGGCAGACAUGUGCAAAUAAUAACAAACUUUUUCAGGCUCAGCAAUACUCCUUCUGCAAAUGUUGGUCUCUAUUCCAUAGACUAUUCUCCUAAUGUCGACGAUAAUAAUCGAAGCCUUCAAUCCAAGCUCAUCAAAUCAGCUAAGCUUGACAUUGAAGCACAGAUAGGAGAAAUUGUGAAAUCAGGGAACAACAUUGCAGGACUGAGAAUUCGUACUGAGCCUUUUACAGUUUUUGCAAUGGGAUUUGAAAAAAAGCAAUACACUUUAGUGAUUAGACUUGCAGGAACAGUGGGUUUAGACCAUCCUCCAAGCUAUAGAAUGUAUUGCAAUAAUAUACUGAAGAUGAUGAUGUUGAAAGACUUGAAAUAUAUACAAAUGACGAGGCUUCCUGUGUUUUAUGAUAAGAGUAAUAUUGCUAAUGUGCCGCAAUAUCAGCUUUCGGUCUAUAGAGGAUAUUCAGCAAGCUUUUCUCACAAUUCUGACCAAAUGCUGCUGACAAUAGAUUUUUCAAGCAAAAUUGUGCGUGAUAUGACUGCUUUGGACAUGAUGCUGGAGAUUAGAAACAGUAACCAGCAGAAUCUGAAGCAGCUAAGUCUAAGUUAAUUAUUAUAAGCAACUUAUUCGCAUUUUCUACAAAGUUUUGCUUUCAGAAAACCCCAUUUGAGCUUUGAGCCUGAAGAUAAAAAAUUGAGAAAUCUGAAAGCAAGCUUUUGAGAGGCAAAUGAAAGACACCUGGGUUAUGACUAACUAUGGAAACUUAAAGACCUAUAGAAUAGAAGGAUUCGACUUCACUCAAAACCCUUCCAGCAGCUUCAGAGGCAAAGAUGGGCCUAUUACCUAUAUUGAAUACUAUAAAAGAAAUUAUAAAAUAGACAUAAAAGACAAGAAACAGCCUCUAAUUCAAACUUCUAUAAACAGAGGUCAAAAAGUAAUUUUUCUUAUACCUGAGCUAUGCAAAUUGACUGGAAUCCCUGAAAGAAUGAAAAAGAAUUACAACGUCAUGAGAGAAUUAGCUCAGUACAACAAACCUGAGCCUCAAGAGCGUCUUAGUUCUAUUCAAGAUCUAUCAGCUGAGCUCACAGGUGAAAAAGUCCAAGGAACAUGCGAAAAAUACAGCCUCAGUAUAAACCCUGCACCUAUCACAAUGGAAGCCACUCUAUUGCCAAUGGAAAAAAUCAGAUUAUUUAACCAAGAAAUCUACCCAAACGACCAAGCCCAAUUCAAUAUCCGAGGUAAGAUUUUAAGCUCAGUCAAUAUUGAAAAUUGGGUAGUUCUCUCAACUCAAAAUGACAGCAAUAUGAGAAACGAACUCAUAAAAAGUUUGAAAAGAUCAGCUCAAUCUUUUGGUAUAGAAAUUGAAAGUCCUGCAGUAGUCACAUACAACCAAAAUAAUUUAAAAAACGUCAUUGAAGGCUUGAAUGCGAGGGGAAAUGAGGACUUACAAGUUGCUGUUAUAUUGCUCCCUAGAAGCUGGAGCUAUAAGUAUCAUGAGAUUAAAGCAGCUGCCUGCUUGAACUCAGGAGUUGUGACACAAGUUGUGUUAGUAGAGACACUGAAUAACCAGAAAAGGUUUGAGCAAAUAGUGCAAAAAAUAAUGCUCCAAAUUGCUGCAAAGACAGGAUUAUUGCAUUGUAUUACAUUAAUUUUUUAAAAAAUAUUAGUCCCCUCCAGGGUGAACAAAAUUUUUUUCGCUUAUGGAGGGGGAGUAAAUGGUAAAAGCCUAAGCCUCUUAUUGCACAAUGAAGGAAUUUCUCUGGUUGUCUCUAAAGUUAAACCGCUCAUACUGCGUAGAGAUUCUUAAUAGAAAGCCAAGCUUCAUGAAUAAACUUCCAUAAGGUAGAAUAAAUUAGCAGGCUAAUUUUCUCUCAGGUUGAAUACCAUUUAUUUACUUAAAGACAGGAUCAGACUUGUGGGGAGUAACACCAGCCCAAAAUGUGGCGAGAAGAAGCAUGAUUAUUGGGAUUGAUGUCUUCCACGAUACUAUUAACAGGCAAAAUAGUGUCCUUGGGUUUAUAGCAUCGCUUAAUGACCAAUUUACUAAAUACUACAACACUGUAAAAAUCCAUCCUUCAGGGAAAGAAAUUGCAAACUCAUUAGGCAGUUGUCUUGGGGAUGCACUAACGGCUUACUAUGAAAAUACUAAGAGAAGCUAUCUACCAGAUCAUAUCAUUAUAUACAGAGACGGAGUGGGUGAUACAAUGUUCGAUGCUGUGAGACUAAACGAAAUCGAAGGGAUGAAAGAAGCGAUACGCAAUUUUCAAGGCUAUAUUCCGAAUCUCACAUAUAUAAUUGUGAAUAAAAGGAUCAGUGCUAAGCUAUUCACUCAAGUGCGUGGAGAAAUCAAAAGUGCUCAGCCAGGAACACUUGUGAAUAGCGUCAUUGUACCUGACCAAAAUUCAUUUUACCUUGUAGCUCAUUCUUCUGGGCAAGGAAUGGCUGUGCCUGCAUUGUAUAGAGUGAUUUACAAUGAUUCUCAAACAAGUGUAACAACUUUUGCAAGACUGGCAUUUAAGCUUUGCUAUAUGUAUUAUAAUUGGACUGGAGGGAUCAAAGUUCCAGCUCCAACUAUGAUGGCACAUAAGCUAGCUUAUAUUGUUGGCCAAAGUAUUACAACUAAAUCUGACGUCUCGGCCCAUGCAUGGCCGCCUUGGCUAUGCAGCCUCACAGUGCAUAUUUAAUUGUAUCCAGUAAAGUUUUAUCAACUGAGAAAUGGGCAGCAAUGAUAGGUAAGCAAUUUCAGCACUGUGUGGAGCCUAGCCCUCGUCCGCUUUCAGAUUUGGAUAUUUACCUCAAAAGGAAAGAUAAGGAUUGGAGUUGGAAAGGGAAGCUCAACAAGAUCUAGAGGCAAGCCAAGAUCAAUCGGGAAAUCUCUAGCGCAAAACCGGAAUUUCCGCCCCAGACUUUAAAAUUUCCCUUUGCUGAAACUCGGCCAGAAAGUUUAUUUUUUUAGGAUUUUUGUGUGGACAACCUUCUUUAGCUCAGGCAGUAGCCCCAGAAGUCCAUAGUCCACAUACUCAAACUUGAAACGCAAGGUAAGUCAAAGAGUUGGCUCAAUAUAAAGAGCGAAGACUUCGGAUGUCUCAUGAUGUCAGAGACAGAAUUAGGAGCAAGGUGGUAUCAAUUCUUUUCGAACUGGGGGAGUAAUCUCAGCCGGACAGCAUCUCAAAGCGGAUGAACCUUAGAAGGGGUACUUGGUGACUGCGCUGCCAAAAGCAGAAACCAACCUGCAAUUAAGUUUAAGUAAAUUUAAGUUGGCCAAAGCAUUCAUCACGAUUAUUUGGAAUCUCUCAAGACAUCUUCAUUUUUCUAUUAG